CGAGUUUGUGAAAUGGAAAAUGUGAAAAGCGGAAACACAUACACGUCAUCAAAAUCAAGAUGGAGGCCGGAUUGCUCGAGCCAUCGAUGUACACAGUGAAAGGAGUCUUAAUUCUUGAUAACGAUGGCGAACGAGUACUAUCCAAAUACUAUGAUGAUACUUAUCCAACUGUGAAAGAACAAAAGGAAUUUGAGAAGAACUUGUUUAACAAAACAAGCAGAGUUAAUGCUGAAAUAGUUAUGUUUGAGGGUCUCACAUGUGUAUACAGAAGUAAUAUUGAUCUAUACUUCUAUGUUAUUGGUUCAUCGAGCGAAAAUGAACUUAUAUUAGUCAGUGUUUUGAAUGCGUUUUACGAUUGUGUUAGCCAAAUUCUGCGGAAAAGCGUUGAAAAGAAAAUGUUGAUGGAUAAUUUGGAUGUUAUAAUGUUGGCCAUGGACGAACUUGUUGAUGGAGGUGUAAUUCUGGAUGCUGAAGCAUCUUCAAUCAUACACAAAGUUGCUGUAAAGAAUGACGAUGUUCCUCUGUCUGAGCGCAGCGUGGCUAAUGUUCUACAGUCAGCCAAAGAUCAACUAAAAUGGUCCCUUCUGAAGUGAAAUUGAUGCAUUUUAAACAACUUUUGUAGUGCAGAUGUCAGUGAAAAAAAAUAGGAAACAAUAGAACUUUUGAAAUUCAAAUACGUAAAUAUAUAACUCUGUGUAAAUGCAAUUCAUAAACUCCAUGUAGAUGCAUGACAAGUCAUUUCCUAGUCGAAAAAUAAAUUAUUUACUGCACACUGUU